CUCGAUAAAUGGUCUUUUCCAUACGUGUGAUUACAUACACGUAUAUAGCUAUUCACUUCCUGACCAUUUAAACGGAAAAUAUUUACCUUUUUACAUUUAAAUAACCCAAUCAGCAAUGCUCCUUUUAUGACUUUACACUUUUACACUCACUAUAGCUGUCAGGAACAAAUGAUUUAAUUAAUACCAUGAUAUGUGUAACGGAUCAGGCUGGGUGACCACGUGCAGCACGAAUUUUAUUUGAAUGAGAGGAAAGAGGAAGUGGAAGGCUGGAAGCUGGCAGAGCAGGUGCAGCAAAGAAGUAGCGUCGCAGCAGCGGAUGACAGACGACAGGUGCCGGUGCACGACUAGAAGCUCGCGGGAGGAGAGCAGACAGGCAGGCAGACCGGCAGAGAGAACCACAGUGAAAUUGAGCGGCGCAGACGCAAUAAAAUGACACAGUACAUCACCGAGCUGUCAGACAUGGUCCCUACCUGCAGUGCUCUGGCCCGUAAACCUGACAAACUGACCAUUUUGCGCAUGGCAGUCUCUCAUAUGAAAUCAAUGCGAGGCACUGGGAACACAUCCACUGAUGGAGCCUAUAAGCCCUCGUUUCUUACUGAACAGGAACUGAAGCAUCUGAUUUUGGAAGCAGCGGAUGGGUUUCUGUUUGUGGUGGCGGCGGAGACGGGACGCGUGAUCUAUGUCUCUGAUUCUGUGACACCAGUGUUGAACCACCCCCAGUCUGAGUGGUUUGGCAGCACUCUUUAUGAACAGGUCCACCCAGAUGAUGUUGACAAGCUGAGAGAACAGCUCAGUACCUCAGAAAACUCCAUGACAGGACGGAUUCUUGACCUGAAGACAGGAACAGUUAAAAAGGAAGGGCAACAGUCUUCCAUGAGAAUGUGUAUGGGCUCCAGGCGGUCCUUCAUCUGCCGUAUGAGGUGUGGCAGUGCUCCCCUGGAUCACAUUUCACUAAAUCGUCUGUCUAAUAUGAGGAAGAGAUACAGGAAUGGCCUCGGACCUUCAAAAGAAGGAGAAGCUCAGUACUCUGUGGUUCAUUGCACUGGCUAUAUCAAAGCUUGGCCCCCUGCAGGUAUGACUGUACCAGAUGAGGACACAGAGGCAGGCCAGACCGGGAAAUAUUGCCUCGUGGCCAUUGGAAGACUACAGGUAACCAGCUCACCUGUCUCUAUGGAUAUGAAUGGCCUGUCAGUACCCACAGAGUUUUUGUCCCGCCACAAUUCAGAUGGGGUCAUCACCUUUGUUGACCCGCGCUGCAUCAAUGUUAUUGGUUAUCAGCCUCAGGACCUGUUGGGGAAAGACAUUCUAGAGUUUUGUCAUCCUGAGGACCAGAGUCACCUGAGAGAAAGUUUUCAACAGGUAGUGAAGCUAAAGGGUCAGGUACUAUCUGUGAUGUACCGUUUCCGCAUGAAAAACAGAGAGUGGAUGUUGAUCCGAACCAGCAGCUUCACCUUCCAAAACCCCUACUCUGAUGAGAUUGAAUACAUCAUCUGUACCAAUACCAAUGUUAAGCAACUUCAGCAGCAACAGGCAGAGUUGGAAGUUCACCAGAGGGACGGUCUUACGGCUUACGAUCUUUCCCAGGUUCCUGUAGCCAGUGUGAGCAGUGGAGUGCAUGAGGCAGGGAAGAGCAUUGACAAGCCAGAAGCUCUUUUUUCCCAGGAGAGAGAUUCCCGUUUUGCUGAGAUGUACAGCAGCAUCUCUGGAUCGGGUGAUAAGAAGAUGAUGGUUCCCUCCUCUACAGCGGGAGGACAGCAGCUUUACUCUCAGAGUUCUCCGUUCCAGCAGGCCCAUGCUGGAAAAGGUUUCAGUUCCUCUGUGAUCCAUGUCCCAGGUGUUAAUGACAUCCAGCCGUCAAGUUCAUCCAAUCAGAAUCUAGCUCAGAUAUCAAGACAGAUCAACCCAGGCCAAGUUGCUUGGUCAGGAAACCGACCCCCCUUCUCUGGCCAGUCCAGUAAAGCCCAGUCCAGUCCUUUUGGUAUUGGUACGGGCCACAGCUACCAGACCGAUCCGGCCUCCUACAGUCCUCUUUCAUCCCCAGCCACAUCAUCCCCCAGCGGCAAUGCCUACUCGGGACUGACAAACCGCAGCACAGGUUUUGACGUGUCAGGAGAGAGCAACCAGAGCGGAGGUCAGUUUCAGGGUAGACCCAGUGAAGUCUGGUCCCAGUGGCAGAACCAGCAUCACUCCCAGCAGGCUGGGGAGCAGCAUACACAUCCCAACGCGAGCCAGACUGAAGUGUUUCAGGACAUGUUACCCAUGGCUGGAGAUCCUACUCAGGGAACAGCCAACUACAACAUUGAGGACUUUGCUGACCUCGGCAUGUUCCCACCAUUCUCCGAGUAACCCCUGCCAUCUCCUGUCACUCUUCCUUUACAAUGGAGGAACUGGACUGGUUUGGUUUGCAUUCAUCUCUCAUGUUGUGUCGCAAUAGGAAACAUAGCUGGGACACCAGCUCACAAUUGAUGUGCAGCACAUUGAAUGUCAGGGUGCACACAUCAAGCACACAUACAAACAUACAGUCCACACACGUUUGGAUCCGACGGUCUGCAGUAUGUAUUUGUGAAUAUACCUCAUCAAUGAAAGACGGGUCCUAUUGCCAAAUGGACCCAUGUCAAUGUAUCUUUGUUUGUGCCAGAAAUGGAAACUGUCUCAAUGAUGAAUGCAAAAGAUGUCUGCUAAGACAAGAGAUAGAAAGCAUCGGUAUUACCAGAGGAGUUCAACUGGUUGAUCUUUGAACAUCUGAAUUAUUUUAUGGUACAUUUUAGUCCACAGAUGCAUGUGAAAACCAUGUAUAGGAAAAUUGGUUGUUACACUCCCAGAAUGUCUGGCCCUUAUAUGCUGGUGGACCCAAAGCUGCAUUCUCUGCUGAGGAUUAGGUUUAAUAAUAGUAGUUUAAUUGCCUUGUUUAUGCAUUUUCAGUUUGUCAGAUGCAAAACAGGCACAGCAUUCUGAGUGUGGCAUCGCGAGGUGUAAGAUGCGUAUUGGGCAAAUUAUACAUAUAUUUUUAGAUCCACAAUUGGUCAAAUAAGGCAUAG